GGUUGUAGUCUAGCGGCCAUAUUUGAUUCGAUUACCCUGUUCUGCCACUUUAGUUCUUGACGGAAAAAGCCGCCUGUAAGUGACCGAGGCCCGGCAGAGAUCCAGCCAGCAGCGAGCACACAUCACACGCAGGAGCCAACCAUGAAUCCGGAAUAUGAUUACUUAUUCAAGCUGCUGUUGAUCGGAGACUCCGGCGUGGGAAAAUCCUGCCUCCUCCUUCGCUUUGCAGACGACACAUACACAGAGAGCUACAUCAGCACCAUCGGCGUGGACUUCAAGAUCAGAACCAUCGAGCUGGACGGGAAGACCAUCAAGCUGCAGAUUUGGGACACUGCCGGCCAGGAGAGGUUCCGGACCAUCACGUCCAGUUACUACAGAGGCGCUCACGGCAUCAUCGUGGUUUAUGAUGUGACGGAUCAGGAGUCCUUCAACAACGUGAAGCAGUGGCUGCAGGAGAUCGACCGCUACGCCAGCGAGAACGUUAACAAGCUGCUCGUAGGAAACAAGUGUGAUCUGACCACCAAGAAGGUCGUGGACUACACCACAGCCAAGGAGUUCGCAGACAACCUGGGGAUCCCGUUCCUGGAGACGAGUGCGAAGAGCGCCACCAACGUGGAGCAGGCCUUCAUGACGAUGGCAGCCGAGAUCAAGAAGAGGAUGGGCCCCGGAGCCACGGCCGGCGCUGCUGAGAAGUCCAACGUCAAGAUUCAGAGCAAACCGGUUAACACUUCAUCUGGAGGCUGCUGCUGAGGGCUGAGACCAGCCUCAAACCACCCCCCACCUAACCUGACCCCCAGUCCACAUCCCUGAACCCCCUCAGCUCAAAACCAGCCUCCAUCCAGUUCCAACCAGCUGGUCUACACCUCAUCCAGAGGCUGCUGCUGGGGGCCAAGACCAGCCUCUGACCCCCCCCCCCCCCCCAAACUCCUACACACACACACACACACACACCUCCAACCCACCUUACCCCAGUCCACAUCCUGAACACCCUCAGCCCAGAACCAGCCUCCCCAGCUCCAGAGGGACAGACAGAAAGGCCAGAGGAGACUCUGAGGGUCUUUCAUCAGUCAGCAGCAGGCCAUAAGCCCCGCCCCUCCCUGUCACAUGACAGCGUUUUUACCAGAAGAGAAGUCUGAUUGGUCCGUUCUGCUCUGCACUCCCGUCGAGCCGUGCAGAGCAGCACGACUCGAACCGGCAGCGAGCACGUCAGCUGGCUCCGCCCACUCAGCCCACGUGCCUUCAUGGUAGGAGAAACCGCUGCCCCCUCCCACAUCCACCCUGCACCGUGACAACAUUCCUGUGUGCGUGCACGCUGCCGGGCUCCUUCCUGCGGUGCGUUCAAGCGGUGUGGGGAAGCCCAGCUCCGAGUUUAUAAACUGUAAAUAUUUAUACAGAAGAAGAACGACGAGAAGGAGGAGGUCGGCACGUGAUUGGUUACUGCAGACGUGACAUUUUGUGGCACAAUGUCUAUUAAAGAAUGAAGGAGAUCUUU